AUGGCCCCGCGAGUCCCAAUCUUAUGCGAUCGUCUCUUUGAGAUCCACAUCCACCAACCGGAACGGCUUCCAGCCCGGAGAUUAUAUCCCUGUUCUCACCCACUGCCUCGCAACGGCUACAUCCCUGAAUUUCUGCCGAGGAGGUUGUCCGAAGACCGGGGAUCACCGAAUUCGUGUUCUUUGCAUCGACUUGUCGACCCGGGAGAUCGGUUGCGGCUGGCUCGAGAAGUCGUGCUCACUGUUCUAGGGCGCAUUGCAUCUCCGGCAAGACAUGCAGAGCAUGAGAUCGGUCGCGAGUCGGAUGAAUCGGUUCGACGGUCUGAUUGCUGCGACAGCGUUAACUACCUACGGUCGGCGAUCGGAAAUCCCCCAAACGAUGUGAAGUGGAUGGAGAUUAUCAACUACACGGGGUUCGUGAGGGCAGCGGCGCGAGCGGAACUUCCGCGGUACGAUUUUGAUGGACGAGAAUAUGAGCGACUUGAUAGUGAACAAGGCGAUGAUAUUGGUGAUGGAUAUUUCAUCUCACGCGCCGUAAUGCGGUUGACGCGCUCUGGGGCGAUAGAACGAGGUUGA